GUGAUACCAAUUUCCUAUUUUUUACCAAUUCCAUCGUAUCUGCGGCACACGCAAGGUUUUUUUUAGAUCAAUCACCGUACGACACACAAUAUGGACGAAGACAUUAAUUUGAGUCUGGAUGAGAUUAUCCAGAAGCGUAAAACCCAGCGUCCACGGUACACCGACGGUCCAGCACAGCGCGGCACGAAUGCGAACGAGCCACGAGGAAGAUAUCGCGUGGAGAAUGGUGCAAGUCGGCGACCGGUUGAGGAUGCGCGUUUGAAAAUUAUCAAUAACAAGCGCGCCAAAAUGCGGGAUGCUCGUGACCAGCUAGUGAUUAAUCGUGGCCGUGGCCGUGGCUCACGCUACCGAUGGUAUAGACAACCCCAUCAGGUGGAGGUUUCAUCAGGCGUAGUGCCCGCGACAUUCACCAACGGUCGGAACAGUGUCAUUCCGAAACAUCUGAAGCGGAACCAGUUAAAUCGACGCUACGCAGAUUCGGAAUACGUACCGUCGAUGUCCGCCCCAUCAGGACCGUUGCCCCAAUACCUACCCCACAACGGAAUCUCGUUCGGCAACGGCACUCAGGAUGAGGGGGAGAAUCCAUUCGAAAGAAUGACCGUGCAGCGAUUGACCGUCAAUCAAACGAUGGGUUCACUGGCAAAUGCCACCCGCACACUGCACAACGAUGCAUUUACGCUGCCGAGUUCAAUGCCACCGUUCCCACAUUUCCGCACGGUUCGGGCGACUAGCACACCGAUGAACUCGAAUAACGGUACCCAAUUGGUGAGCUAUACGCCAACCCCCAUCAGCUCGGAUCCGGAUCCAUUCGAUCAGUACGAGGUGAAUUCCCGUCCGAAUUUGAACGUUCCGCCACCACCAUUGCCGGGUGGUAACAGAACACCAUUGCGAGGCAUCCUGCGCACGAAACCUAGUACGCCGCAAGCGUCGAAGGGUUCCCUCGCUAAGAUUGUGGGUGUGCCGCAUAAUCUGUCACCCAGUAUGCGCGCCCGUCUCGAGCGUACCCCCAACCCGAACAGGUCCAUGGGAAUAUUUGCGCACAAUUCGGGCAGUGAGUCAUCGCUUUCGGAUAUGCGGAUGCUUACUCCCAGCCCGCCAACGACAUCCAUCACCGGGUAUCGUAUCAUAGUGAGCAAUCUGCACCCGAACGUCUCGCAGAUCGACAUUAAGGAGUUAUUCGAGGACAUUGGCGAUCUGCUCGAGUCACGGUUGGUGCGCCCGGGCGUUGCCGAGGUAAUUUAUCGCAAUCUGAGAGAUGCUGAAAAGGCGGUCGAUGCGUACCACAACCGCCAGCUCGACGGGCAGCCGAUGAACUGUCUGCUGGUAAAUCCUCGCGCUGAGUACAAGUUAAAUGCUACUAAUUUAAAAUAUGGUCGGUAAACUUAACGGCGAAUCAGUCAGCUUAUUUGCAUUAUCACAUACAAACACAUACAGCAAGGGUUACGAUUAAGGAUAGCAAAGUAUAGAGUAUGAUAUAGGAAAGUAAAUGAGAGAAAGAGGCAUAGACAGAAACUGCUAUGCUAAUAAGGAAUGUGUAGGAUAACAGUAGGGAACGAAAAUGAUCGUUUUGGUUGAUAGAAAAGCGAGAGAAGAAGCCGGUAAUAAAUAGAGAGCAUAAUAGGUAACCCGGAACCUGCGAAAGAGAUUCUUUUCUAUGUUUAUGAAGAGAAAAGAAAUGUAGUUAAUCGAACCAUACACCGGGUACUGCGGCAUCGAUGGUUUAAAAAGAGCAGAUAUUAGAAUGAACCAAUGCAGGAUGCGUCUAGUGUAGCAACAUCGUAAAGAUUUCUCGGGAUAUACGCAUAAACAUAAGACUGCAUAGCAUAAACCAAACAUAGCAUGCUACAGGAGAUAGAAGACAGAGCGGAAAGAUCAGAUCAGAGCCAGGAUAACAAUUACAAUACAAUUCUGGCAGCACGAACAAAAUUUGAGCAGGGACAUGUUUUAGCCUAGUACCAACGAGGUUGAUGUAGACGAAACAGAUCAGAUCUGAACCACAUGCUAUCGUCGCUUUUCACCAUUCUAUUCCCUGUAGCAAUGAUAACUAAACAUCAUUGUUAGUAUGUGAAGUAGGAACUUCAUUUGGCUAAUUUAGAUGAUUCAAGUAUUCAUUUCACACUUACGCGAGAUCCAACUUUUAAUUCGUUAGUUUGAUCAAGUUUGAUCGUUUUUUUUUUUUAUUUGCCGCCACACGUGCGUGGGAAGCAAACAAUCGGCACAGAACAAAGAAAAAAACAAACACACUUGUACAUCAAACAACAACAUUUGUCAUGUGAAUAAAGAUUAUAAUUGAAGAGAGAA